AUGUCCACAGAGGCUGGUACUGUCUAUGUCGGGGCUAUUGCUUUGCUGUCGGACAAGGAGAAAGAGAACGACGAGACCGACGAGGCUACAUACGACUGGGUUGUUACGAUGUACAACGACAAAAUGAAACAAUGGUGUUAUUGGGAAGUAUUUGAUGAUGGCCAUGACCUGAAGCACGCCGAGAUGUGGCGUGAUGAACCGCCGUACAUCAUAGGACCAGCUGGAUCGAUUUUGUUUGGAAAGGUCCGCCACGAGAAGGCCAAUCACGUCAUGAACUAUAUGAGAACAGCAACACCAUGGUAUUUCAAGAGUGAUUUCCAAGUUAUUCAGUAUCUGUUUCGUGUCUGGCAGGCGAUGAAGUGGGUUUAUGAGGGUGUUGAGGAUGUCGGGGACUUUGACACCCAUGCUCACAAGGCAGAGAAAGAGAUACGUGAGGCGAUGGAUCGAACUAGAGUAUAUCGAAGGCUCGCUCCUAUUCCUCGAUGCCGUACAUCUUGGAAUCGGAAGAAGAGUUUGCUAGAUAUUGUAUAUCACAAUAAAUGA